CUCCUCCUCCUCUUCUCGUCUCCUCUAUUUCCUCCUCCUCCCCCUCGUCCUCCUCCUUCAGUACCAUACUUUACAGUAGUGUGCAUAUCCUACUAUAUGUAUCUACCUACAUACCUACAUACAUAACUCCAACAUUCUCCACUAUCAGAGUUACUCGAUCGAACUAUCCCCAUCGAACUAAACUACUACGGCCCUUAAACAACAACCCCAUCUCACACCUCACAUCCUCAACCAUCUUUCCCACCCCUCCCCUCGCCCCCUCUUUUCUUCUUCCUCCAUCGCAUUUCCCACCUUGCUCUAUAUUACCAGCAUCAUCGCCUGCAUCAAACUCGCUCACCUCACCACCCUCAACCCUCACCGACAUCCCUACUCACUCGCCCUAUAAGACUGUCCGCCUAUUGCCGCUCCUACAAACCACCACCCCCACCAAACUACCAAACUACCAAAAUCUCCCAUCUCCACUUUAUCUUGCCUCAUCUCCAUCGAGAGAGUGUCGAACAAAGUUGAGAGGUGACAAGAUCCAGCCCCGGUUUACCCCCCUCCCUGACAAUAUUUGUCCCACCCCACUCAGCCGCACACCCACCACACUACCGGUCAAGACAUCCUCCUCGAUCAGCCAACCCUUCCGCACUCGUCGAAUCCACUUAUAAGGACCACCGCCCGCCCCCCCAAAUCCCUCCCGACCAGAUCGUCCAUCUACCCGCGCCAACAGCUUUGUCAUAUUUGCGCCUUCCUAACUCUAAUAUAUCACCUUUCUCAUUAUCCCACACCACGGAUUUUCAGAAGAAGACUCGGGAUUCAGUCCAACUGCCGGCUCUCACCUGAUCACUAUAUCUACUCACUAGUCUACCAACCGGCUUCUCAGAGUAUAUAUAGUAACCGCCAUACGCCACGGACCUGAACGUACCUACACUCACCACCUCGAUCCAACUCCAGGAACCCCCUCCAAAAACAGCCUGGCCUGGCCUACUCCCCCCAGCAUGACGUCCCACCGACGCGGGCCCUGGUCCCAAGCCGAAGACGCCUACCUCACCCAACUCGUUCACACCCAAGGCCCCCUCAACUGGGUCCGCAUCGCCUCCCUCAUCAACUCGCGCUCCCCCAAACAGUGUCGCGAGCGCUACCACCAAAACCUCAAGCCCACCCUGAACCACGAGCCGAUUAGCCCUGACGAAGGCGUCCUCAUCGAGCGCCUCGUAUCUGAGAUUGGCAAGCGCUGGGCUGAGAUCGCGAGGCGGCUGCAUGGCCGCAGCGAUAACGCUGUUAAGAACUGGUGGAAUGGGAGUAUGAACCGCAGGCGCCGCUUGGUAGUGAGGAGGAGGACGUCGUCACGCGCGCAGGAGGAUUAUGAGGAGGCGCAGGAGAUGGAGUCGUACUCGCGACACUCGGGUCAUCAUCAGCCUCUCACCAUUACUUCGCCUUACUCCUCGGGACGGAGGCACAUCGAUCAGUCCCUCCCUUCUCCGGUAGUAUCUGAAGCCUCCCGUGCGGAAUCAGUCAGCAACCCGCCCUCUCUCGUCUCGGACUCUGGAUCUCGUCACUCUACUUCUCCCCGCGGCCAGCCAUCUCCUAUCAUCUCGCUCCCACCGCUAGCAGGCCACUCCGACGACAGAAGACAGAGUCUUCCUUUGCUGCAUUUCCCAUCAUCCAGCUACAACUCGGAAUCAGACGCCCAGAACCACUCUUUCUCGUCACGCUACGCGCAGGAGACGAAAUUCGCACACCGCCCCAGUCACCCAGCGCCGUAUGCGCCGCAGGUGAACAGGUGGUACGAUAGUGCGCCGCAGCAGUCCGAGUACAGACCGAGUUACUCGGAUGCGCAGCCGCGGAUGCAAGAGCGUCCGGUGGCAUCGGUGCAGCUACCACCGAUACAGUCGCUGUCGAGGCUUGCAGUCAGGACGCCUGAGAGUCCUGCGAACCGUAUGAAUAUUGCUUCAGUGCUUGGUUAGGAAAGAUAUCAGUUGGGAAAUCAGGAGUUUGCAGAAGGCUGCUUUUAGGCGCUAUUCAUUUCUCCCUGGCGGAGAAGGGAGAUAUCAUCUGCAUUUACGUGGGAAGGGAAUAUAGAAGGAAGGGCAUCUAGGAUGGGAUGGGUAUAUGUUUUGUGCCGUAUUUACUGGAUCUCGGGAUCCAAGAUGCACGCCAACCUUGAUACUAAGCGCGGCGUGACGGCGUUGUUUAUGUUUUUUUGUGGUUGGACUUUUUAUGAUGGAUGGAUAGAUACCCAGGGAUUACUUAUUGUGGAUUUGCGGAUUAUGGAGGAGAUGGAUGUUGAAAUAACGUGUUAACGUCUUACUAUAUAAUUAAUUAAUAUAUGUCUGUUUGAAGAACG